CUCACUCUCGCUCUCUGUCUCUCUGUCUCUCUCUAUAUAUAUGUCGGUCGCUACACUCCGAGAUCGGUGCAAAGAUUGAAGCUCGAGAGCAAUGGCAUCCAAUAAAAGCUACGUACCUCAAGAGUCGGCGCCGGAGGUGGCAGCGGCGGCGGCGGAGGAGGAGGAGGGGGAGGAGAAGGACUACCGCCCGGUGGAGGAGGUGGCGCUGGUGGUGCCGGAGACCGACGACCCUUCGCUCCCGGUGAUGACAUUCCGGGCCUGGUUCAUCGGCCUCGCCUCCUGCACCAUCCUCAUCUUCCUCAACACCUUCUUCACCUACCGCACGCAGCCGCUCACCAUCUCCGCCAUCCUGGCGCAGAUCACGGCGCUCCCUGUCGGUCGCUUCAUGGCGUCGGUGCUGCCCAACCGGGAGAUCAGGGUGUUCCGGAACUGGGGGUUCAACCUCAACCCGGGCCCCUUCAACAUCAAAGAGCAUGUUAUCAUCACCAUCUUCGCCAACUGCGGGGUGUCCAUCGGCGGCGGAGAUGCCUACUCCAUCGGCGCCAUCACCGUCAUGAAGGCGUACUAUAAGCAGAGCUUGAGCUUCCUCUGCGGGCUCAUCAUUGUGCUCACCACUCAGAUACUUGGUUAUGGAUGGGCAGGGAUGCUGAGGAGAUACCUCGUAGAUCCUGCUGAAAUGUGGUGGCCUUCUAACCUCGCCCAAGUUUCACUCUUCAGAGCACUUCAUGAGAAGGAUUCGAGGUCGAAAGGGCUAACCAGGAUGCAGUUCUUCGUGCUGUUCUUCGUUGCAAGCUUUGCAUACUACACACUGCCUGGCUAUCUCUUGCCCAUACUGACCUUCUUCUCGUGGAUCUGCUGGUCAUGGCCUCGCAGUAUAACUGCUCAGCAGAUUGGGUCAGCUUACCACGGCCUUGGUGUCGGUGCCUUCACGCUGGACUGGGCAGGGAUCUCUGCGUAUCAUGGCAGUCCUCUGGUCACUCCAUGGUUCUCCAUUCUGAACACAGCAGUUGGUUUCAUCAUGUUCAUCUACAUCAUAGUACCGUUGUGUUACUGGAAAUUCAACACCUUUGAUGCCCGGAAGUUUCCCAUCUUCUCGAAUCAGCUCUUCACUACCAGAGGGCAGAAGUAUGAUACUACCAAGAUAUUGACGCCCAACUAUGAUCUCAAUGUAGCUGCGUAUGAGAGCUAUGGAAAGCUCUACUUGAGUCCACUUUUUGCGCUCUCCAUCGGAUCAGGUUUUGCAAGAUUUACAGCCACCAUCGUCCAUGUUCUCCUGUUCCAUGGCAGCGACAUUUGGAGGCAGAGCAAGUCGGCAAUGAACUCUGCCAAGGUGGACAUCCAUGCUAAGCUAAUGAAGAAGUACAAACAAGUUCCUCACUGGUGGUUCCUCAUUUUACUAGCAGCAAGUGUCAUCUUGUCAUUGAUGAUGUCGUUUGUUUGGAAAGAGGAGGUGCAGCUGCCUUGGUGGGGGAUGAUAUUUGCCUUCGGGUUAGCUUGCCUCGUCACUCUUCCCAUUGGGGUCAUUCAGGCAACCACAAACCAGCAACCUGGAUACGAUAUUAUAGCCCAAUUCAUCAUCGGUUACGUACUUCCAGGGAAGCCUAUUGCCAAUCUGCUGUUCAAGAUAUACGGCAGAAUCAGCACCAUCCAUGCACUCUCCUUCCUUGCUGACCUCAAACUCGGUCACUACAUGAAGAUCCCACCCAGGUGCAUGUACACCGCUCAGCUCGUUGGAACUGUGGUUUCCGGUGUCGUCAACCUUGCAGUGGCGUGGUGGAUGUUGGGAAGCAUCGAGAACAUCUGUGACGUUGAUGCACUGCACCCUGAGAGCCCAUGGACUUGCCCCAAGUACCGAGUUACCUUCGACGCUUCUGUCAUAUGGGGCCUCGUAGGACCUGGCCGCCUCUUCGGGCAUGGAGGACUGUACCGGAACCUGGUGUGGCUAUUCCUCGUCGGAGCAGCGUUACCCGUUCCUGUGUGGGCACUGAGCAAAAUCUUUCCGGAGAAGAAGUGGAUUCCUUUGAUCAACAUACCAGUCAUCUCCUACGGCUUCGCCGGAAUGCCUCCUGCAACCCCAACCAACAUAGCGAGCUGGCUCAUCACCGGAACCAUCUUCAAUUACUUUGUUUUCAGAUACAGAAAGGGAUGGUGGCAGAAGUACAACUACGUUCUAUCCGCCGCACUGGAUGCAGGGACAGCGUUCAUGGGUGUGCUGCUGUUCUUCGCCCUCCAGAAUGCGAAUCACAAUCUGCGAUGGUGGGGCACAGAGCUCGAUCACUGUCCGUUGGCAUCAUGCCCCACUGAACCUGGGAUAUCAGUAAAAGGAUGUCCGGUGUUGUAGCCACGAGCUCUGGAUCGUCUUACCGCAGAUGAACCCUUGUGCUGUAGUCGGAACGACAUGGUCCUUUAAGGUUGACGAUGUAAAAGGACAGAACAAAGAUUGCAAGCUUAGUGUGCGUCUGCGUUUAGGAGCACGAAUAAACUAUAUGGAAAGGAGUCAUUCUCACGAAUAAACUAUACAUGUUGAUGUUUCCCCAA